AGCUGCAUAGGAAACUGACGGGCUGUCAGGAGAGAGAGGGAGGGAGAGAGGAAAAGAGAGGAUAGACGAUAGGGAUAGACGUUAGGAGCUGAUUUUUGGACUAUUCGACCGCAACCCAGGGAUAACCCGGAAGAGAAGUGAGCAGUGACCUCUCCGCGGUGACGUCACGCCUGUAACGCUGGAGAGCAAAAUGUCUGAACAGAGGUGUGAUUGUUCCUCUCUGCCUUCGACACCACUGAACCCCUGGCUCUCUUCAAGUUAACGGCGAGAGUAAAGGAAAGCUCUCCAACUAACGGAAUGUCGCGACAAACAGAGGGAACAGCAAGUUAUUCGGUACAUUUUCGUCAGUGACACGUCGGACGAUGAUAAACGGCCAGCCAACUCGUCCAGAAUAGUCCGUUUGUUUUUUGACUGUUAUCCCGCUGUUCCGGAUCAACUUGUUUCCCGAUCAACUCGUUUCCGUGGGGAUAUUUUACUCGGACAAUGUCUCCGAUGGGAAUCCGGCUGUCACCCCUGGGUUUGGGGCUGUUCUGCCUGCUGGGGGUCGGGGUCAUCUACCACCUGUAUGCCGGGGUCAUCUCCAACCACAUCGCUGCUUUCAGGCAGCGGAGGACGGUGGACCUGAGGGACUUGCUGGCUGUCUCAGUGGAGGCUGCGCUGCUCGGUGGCACAGAGGUGAAGAAGGUGCGUGAUGAAAAUAGCCUGAACGAGAAGUCAAAGGGCAAGACGAAGGAGGGAGCCAAUGAGCUUCUGACUACAGGCGACCUGCAGUCUCAUAGGAAGAUGUUCAACCUUAUUAGCAACACCUUCCCCGAAGUCACGGUGAACAGUGAGGAACAUGACAACACACUGGAUAAGGCUGCAGCCUGGAGCCGGAAGAUUCCAGCCGACAUACUGGAAAAAGUAGAGGGGGGUAGGGACGUUCUUGCGGAGAGCGUCACCGUGUGGAUCGAUCCUCUGGACGCUACACAGGAAUACACAGAGAAUCUGGUGAAGUUUGUGACCACCAUGGUGUGUGUGGCUGUAGAUGGUAAACCAGUCAUUGGGGUCAUACACGUGCCAUUCACCGGCUUCACUGCAUGGGCGUUUGUAGGUCAGGGGUCAAAUAUGAGAGCCCGGUCCUCCUACAGUGUCAGCACCCCCAAGGCCAUUGUCUCCCGUUCCCACUCCGGGAAAGUGAAGAGUUUUGUUCAGGAUGCUUUUGGAAAUUCCACAACAAUCAUAGAAGCAGGAGGCGCUGGAUAUAAGGUCCUGUCACUUUUAGAGAUGCCUUCAAGUGAAACCAUUCCCAUGGACCAGGCAGACGUUUACAUCCACAUAACCUUUAUUAAGAAAUGGGACAUCUGCGCCGGUGCAGCACUACUGAGCGCUCUAGGAGGCCACAUGACCACGCUAAAGGGAGAGGACAUCGACUACAGCGGCACAGCGCUCAACAAAGGAGGCCUGGUGGCCAGUGUGGGUGUGGACCAUAAGGCCUUAGUGAAGAAACUUCCAGAGUGGGACCCUGAGAAGCACUGAGACACACACACACACACACACACACACACACCGUGUGAUGGGAAUUACGGCUCUUUGAAGGGAGCCGGAUCUUAUGGCUUCGUUCCUUUCCGAGAGCCGUUCAAAAGAGCGGUUUUUUUUAAGGGGGCGGGGCUAAUAUGUUUAUCUGCGAAAUAAUCACCAGGAUAAUUGCCUGUAUCGCCAGAAAUCUACUUUUACUCACAGAAAAUGUAUAACUUGCUACAUCUCUCAGGCAGCCAAACUACUGCUCAAGCAGCAUGCGUUAUGCCAUCAUCUAUGGCUAAUGUGCAUUCAGGAAAGCAAGUUCCUUUUAAAGGCGAGUGGAUUUAUGGCAGGCAGAGAACCAACGAUAAAAAGAACGGCUCUCACCAAGUAGGACUCGGUUCCCUUCGGUCAUACCAAAGAGCCGUUCAAAGGAAUGAGAUCGUUCCCGAACGUCACAUCACUAACACACACACACACACACACACACACACACACACACACACACACACACACACACACACACACACACACACACACACACACACACACACACACACACACACACACACACACAGACACAGAGCCAUUAGUGCUGUGCUCAGGUUGUUCUCAGGGCAACAUGUGAAUGAAUAAGCUGCAAAUGUGACCAGAACCAUGAGAUCUCAUCAUCGUGGGACACAAAAAAUCUGCCAAUAAGAGGAUAGGAGUAACUGAGCAAGACUGUAGAGCAAACACGGUCUGCCACUGGACACUGCAAUGGCUCUGAAAAUGCACACUCCCGGGUUGGAGAACACACACUCACAGUGACCACUGGAGGCCCUUCCGCUUUGAAGACAACGCUCCAACACAUUACAACAGAACUUCGGAGACAGACAUUUUUCAUCAGGGUCAGUCCUACCUUCAUCACAUGAGAUUCCAGUGAACAAACAUGAGUAACGGCCUGUGUCCACAUAGCACCUUUUUCUAGUACUUUUGUAUUGUUUCUAUUCAUUCUGGCGUUCAGAAAAAGGCACUUUGUGGACACUGGCCUUAAGGAACAGCAUUUAUUUCAGACAGGCAGGGUGUCUGUGAAAGCACCAUCAGCUGUGAAACAACAAGCUCAAAUUAUUUCAGACAGCCAAGGUUUAUGUUACCCCUUCACCAGCACUGUCAUACCACAACAAUCAGCCCAACUCUCUCAAACCUCCGUGUUGUGUGUUUUUAAACAGAUUUGACCUUUGCUUCAAAGAUAUAUUUUACCCUCAUUUAGAUGAAAACAGAAUAAAAGAUCAAUAAUAGAGAUA